UGCCCUGCUAUUGGCUGGUAACCAUUAGCCGUUGACAGCUGGGAUAAGCUCCAGCACUCCCGUAACCCUUGUGAGGAUAAGUGGCUAAGAAAAUGGAUGGAUGGAUGCAGAACUCCCAUUAAAGGUUUCAAUAAAUUUUAACCACAGUGAUUGUCUCUAAAGAUGGUGCAACAAAUUGAGUUAGGGUACCAUCAUGUUUGUCAGCGCCUGAUUUUUUUUUUUUGCAAGCUGUUCAGGGUGUACCCCACCACUCACCCAAAGUUUCCUGGGAUAGACUGCAAGCAUGCCCACCACCUGAAUGAGGAAAGCGGUACAGAAAAUGAAUGGAUGGAAUUCUGGUGAACCACAAUUAAGAAAGAAUUUCUGAUUUUCAUUAAACUGGCAUUUAUUACUACUUUUGUCAGGUUAAAGUUAUUUCUGUUAUCACUUUGGGCGUUUCUUUGAUUAACGGAGAAGUACAGACAAUUUUGCCCACGUAUGCACGAGUUGCAUGAUUAUGAGAAAUUUAGGUCUCAAAUGCCAGGCAGGUGGGAAAAAAACAAUAGUUUGGGGAAAAAAAAGAAGACACGUUUAGCAUUUCCAAUAGCAAUUGUCAUGCAAACAAGAUAAAAGGAACAUUAAAGACGAUCAGAAUUAAAUCCAAAAGUCUACUAUAUUUUGCGCUAUUACGGCAAAACAUGCGUUUUAUGACUAAAAGCGCUGUUUUUUUUUCGAGAAACGUUUCGCCCUCAUCCGCUAAGCUGUAUUUAAGUGUUGGUCAUGAUGGUGGUGGUACUUAGAGAGAAUGAAGAAACGUCAUGACGGCGCGGUUUAGUGACGCAAGAGCGAGGUUUGCGAUGAUGGCAGACGAAGAGGAUAUGAGCAGCAACGAGGACCUCGGAGAGCCUUCAGCACUUCCAGAUACCGAAGACGGGGGAAACGAUUUGCCAGCAGACUUUGAAAGUCUUUGGAAUGCCGCACACGACAACCCUCGAGACUUCACCAGUUGGACUGACCUGUUGCAGUACUGUGAGCAAGAGAGCCACAUUGCAGCAUCACGACGAGCCUUGGUGGCAUUUCUCUCCCGCUUUCCACUCUGUUAUGGUUAUUGGAAAAAAUUUGCUGACUUGGAGCGUCGUGCUGGUAAUAACGACAAAGCAGGAGAGGUGUGUGUUCAGGGGCUCCAGUCAAUCCCUCUGAGUGUCGAUCUGUGGAUCCACUACAUCAAUCUGCUAUUGGGAACAUUAGACAUGAACUUGCCUGAGUCGCCUAAGCGUAUUCGCAGUGUGUUUGAGGACGCUGUUGUAGCGGCAGGGCUGGACUUCCAUUCAGACCGGCUAUGGGAUUUGUAUUUUGAAUGGGAGAAGGAGCAAGGCAACUUGAGGAAUGCCACAGCUGUGCUAGACAGAGUCCUCAAAGUUCCCACUCAGCGCUACAACACCCACUAUGAAAAGUUCAAGGUUCACCUUCACAAAUGUGAGCCCAAAGAAGCACUUUCUCUGGAGGAAUAUGAGGAGGUGAGGGCCUUUUGCCGUGAGAGUCAGAAAGUGGAGCGUGCUGAACAGGCCAAAGAGAAGGGCGAAGAGAGGCCGCCUGGAGAGGAAGACCCUGCCACACCUGAGGGCACAGACUCAGAGGAGCUGAUGCAGAGGAUGAGAGAACAGGUGUUGAUCCGGAGAGACAAAAUUUACCAGGAGAAUGAAAAUGAAGUCCGGAAGAGAUGGAACUUUGAAGAUGCAAUCAAACGUCCUUACUUCCAUGUGAAGCCACUUGAUCAAACCCAGCUGCGUGCCUGGAACUCUUACCUGGACUGGGAGGUCGCCCAACUGAAGAAAGACACUAAAGACCAUGACAAAGACUCAAACAAGGCAGACACAGAUGUCAAAGAAGACCCAGAGGUGACAGCCGAGCCUCCGGGAGCGAUAGAAGAAACCAACAUUUUCCAUGAUGACCACAGAGUUCGUGUUCUCUUUGAGCGCUGCCUGAUCACCUGUGCACUCUAUGAGGAAUUCUGGACCAGGUAUAUUCAGUAUCUGGGGACAUCCAGUGUGGAUGAGGUUCGGGCUGUCUACAAGCGAGCCUGUGACAUCCACCUACCUUCAACACCGAACAUUCACAUGCAGAGGGCCACCUUCGAGGAAAGACACGGUGACCUGGCGGAAGCACGGCGAGUGUUGGAGGCUCUGGAUAAAAACAUGCCAGGUUUGGCCGUGGUUCGUCUCCGCAGGGCGGCUUUGGAGAGGAGGGCGGGCCAACUUGAGCAGUCUGUAGCGUUGCUGCAGGAGGCGGUGACCCAAUCAAAAGAGAAGCCUACAUUGCACGCAUUCUACUCCAUCAAGCUUGCUCGUUUGCUGCUGAAACUUGUCAGAAACCCAAGCAGAGCUCGGAGUGUUUUACAGGACGCACUUGAGAUUAGUCCAGAUAAUGACAAAUUGCACUUGAACCUGCUGGAAGUGGAGCUAUCAAGUGAAACCUGGUCCUCAGCGGAAGCAGUGCAGCAAUGCGUGACGCGAGCCCUGGAGGCGCCACUCGCACCACACAUCAAAAUCCUCUUGUCACAGCGCGGCCUCCAGUUUGUAGAAGAGUACAGCAACUCUAUCCAGAGUGUGCUGUCAGUCUAUGAAGCGCACCAGAAGCUUAUCAAGGAGCUGGGUGGAACAAAGAGAGAAGCCGAAAGCGGGUAAGGUAUUUGCUAUGCUAACCUGGCUGUCGACAGUGGAGGCAAAGCAAAUAGCUGGGAUGGGCUCCAGCACUCCCACGACCCUUGUGAGGAUAACCGGCUCUGAAAACGGAUGGGUGAAUGGACAUACACAAAAUUACAGUACAAUUUGACAGUGACAACUUAUUACGGUACAUCAUACAUGCACAUGUUGACUACAAGGCUCAUAAAAGGCAUGUGAGUGUAUAUUUUAUAUGAAUGUAUGAAUAAAAAAAAUCAAUCAUCUGAAUGCCAAAACAUUAGAAAAACUUUGUUUUAGAAUAAAUAAAUAUAAAAAUCAAUAUAGUAGCCCGCACAUGAAUAUAGUAGUGAUAUAUUCUUCUAAAAUUUGUAGUGGAAUUGUGUAAGAAUUCAGGAUCUUUUCCCUGUUUAAUUUUCCAGUAUAUAAAUCUCAUCCAUAUAUUUUUGCAAGCUUAUGUUUCACAAUCUAUUUAGGGAUGUCAUAUCAGUAAACUAAAAUACAUAAAAAUGUAUUUAAAUGUACCUGGCGGCACAGUGGAAUGACUGGUUAGAACGAUGGCCUUUUCUGAGGACCGGGGUUCAAAUCGCGACUGCACCUGUGUGGAGUUUACAUGGUCUCCCCGUGCCUGUGUGGGUUUUCUCUGGGAACUCCAGUUUUCUCCCACAUCCCCAAUAAAACCUGCAUUAAUUGAAGACUCAAAAUUGGCCGCAGGUCUGAAUGUGAGUGCAACGGUUAUGUCUCUAUGUUCCCUCCGAUUGGCUGGCAACCGGUUCAGGGUGUACCCUGCUUCCUGCCCCAUGAUAGCCGGGAUAGGGUGCAGUACCCCCGCAACCCUUCUGAGGAUAAGCGGCUAAGAAGAUGGAUGAAAUGUACACGUAUAUAUAACAAAACUCACUACCUCAAAGAUUGUCUAGCUACAUUAGCAUUGUAAAUUACAAUCAGUUCUCAAUUGCCUCCCCUCCCCAAAAAUAAAUAAAUACGGUUAGGUCAGCACAUUUGGAAAUAUAUUUACUGAGAAGAAUGCUGUCGUGUUCAAUACUUCUUUGAAAUACUGUAUUUCCAAGGAUGUCCACUUCUCAGCCUUUGUCACAAUUGCGUCAGGAAGGGCAUCCGGCGUAAAAAUUGUGCCAAACAUAUAUGUGCGUUCAUCUGAGAUGACACGCAGUGGCGACCCCGAAAGGGACAAGCCGGAAGAAACUUACUAUUGCCAACAGCCUCAAAAUAUCCUUACUCUCCAUUAUUGUAGUACAUUUCCUGUGUCAGUCCACUUUUUCCUUGACAAUCACACCAUCUUUCUGUAGUUAAAUAAACGUUUGUAUAGCCUCAAAAUAUGAUAGAGGAUUACAAUUUUUACUUUGCAACACUUGGGUUGAUGCGCGGUGCUCAUUUGGUUGCCGAUGUGCAAAAUUAAAAUUUUCAGAAUGGUCCAUUUUAAGUCAUUCACCAGCGGCGCUCAGUGUGCUUUAAGGUUGUCUUGGUGUCAUGAAGUCAAAAUGUGAACAAUGGGAUGAAGAGGACUUAAAAUAAUAUAUUCUAAUUGUAAUUCAGUCUUUGGGUUAAGACAGUCUCGACCUAAGACGUUUGGACUUUACAACGCCCGUCCGCCAUUUUGUUUGGCUCAUGCUUGUCCGCCGUGUUUGUGUGCCGGGAGUACCUUCACAUUUUUCGCCCUCCUUUUUAGACAUUAUCGCCCCAAAGAAGAAAGCUGCGUCUCUUAGGAAUGCUGCUGCAUCCAAAAGAAAAUCCAUCACAAUGGAAACGAAGCUGAAGCUCAUUAAGUGAUUCAUUGCUUCAGUUGGUUGACCGUGGUGAUAAUUAUUAAAGGCAAAGCCCGUAUUUUAGUGCAUGUGAAGGGUUCUGUUCCUGUCUCGGAUACAAUGCUCACAAAACAAGGUUCUUUGAUACUUGUGGAGAUGGAGAGGAUUGAGGACCAGGUUCUUUCACAAUAGCUAAGCGCAGCCUCCCCUUCUUUUUCUUCUCCAUCCACCUCUCAGCAGUAAUGCUCAGUACAUCUUGUUUAUUUCAAUGUAUUUGUUUUUUAUCCAAAGUAUUUUGAUGUAAAUUCUGACUUGAAUGGUGGAAUCCGACUUAAGUCGAAAUUCGAGUUAAGUCACAACUGUAGUAACGGAUCUCCGUCGUAGACCGAGGACUCCCUGUAUAGUACAAAAAAUAAGGAUCUACUGGUCCAUUAAUGCCGCAAACAUAUUGUGUGAAUUUUGCUGUUCAGAUCCGUGGUGAACAGCGAGUUGUGCUUUGAGAAGUUUAGAAAAAGUCAAAUUAAGUUCUUUUGUAAAGUUUGUUGUUCCUUGUAGGUUCAUCCUGAAAGUUAAGUAUCCUUAACUUUUUGUGAGUAGUGUGUCACAACUCGCUAAUUUAAUCCGGCCACAGCACGACUCGUUGGACUUUUGUUUGAUUUGGAAACAGCCCUACCAGAUUAUAAAGCACAACUUGGAAAUUUGCUGUCAUCUUUUUAUACAAGAUGAUG